AGAAGAAGAGAGAGAGAGAGAGAGAGAGAGAGAGAGGAGAGAUUGAACAGCAAUUUCACACCAUACCGUCAAAUUCAUGAAAAAAUCCGUCAUCCGAUAGUUCCGUUUUCCCCAAACCCCUGAUUUCUUAUUCUCAUCUAUUUCUCCACAAACCCUUCUAAAAUCUCGCUUCUUUUGACCUCAAUUCGAUCCCAAUUUAUAGCAUCCUCGAGGUUAGGGUUUCGAUUUUCUGAAUUCCGGCGAUUUCUACUCAAUCUGCGGCUUUCAAAAAUUUCUUCGAUCGUAAAUAAAAAAAAAAAUCGAAACUUGAUAUGGUGUCUGAUUCCGUAUCGAUUUUGACCCCAACCGACGACAACAAUCCGAUGCCGGUUUCAACAAACGACGACGACUAUCUCUCCGAUGCAGCAGCCACCAUUGCCCUGUUAUCCUUCAGCACAGACUCUUCUUCUUCUUCAAAUUCCCAUCGGAAACCAGCGACGGCCACCGUUAUAUUCGUUUCCCUCGUUGUCUCCACUUGCGUCUCUCUCUCUGCAGCCGCCGCUUUCGCAUUUCUGUUCUUCUACUCUUCACCGGCGAACUCCAAUUCCACGGCCGAGGUCUCAAGACCCCUCACCACCCUCAAAAACCCCGUCGUUUUACUGGUUUCGUUAGACGGGUUCCGGUUCGGGUACCAGUUCAAAACGGAUACCCCGAAUAUCGACAGGCUGAUCGAGAACGGAACCGAAGCCGAACUGGGCUUGAUCCCGGUUUUUCCGACGCUCACUUUCCCAAACCACUACUCCAUUGUCACCGGCUUGUACCCUGCUCACCAUGGAAUUGUCAACAACUUCUUCAUCGACCCUCAAACCGGCGAUUUCUUCACCAUGGCUAGUCACGAACCGAAGUGGUGGCUCGGCGAGCCGCUGUGGGAGACUGUAGCCAAUCACGGCUUGAAAGCUUCGACCUAUUUUUGGCCCGGGUCCGAGGUAAAAAAGGGUUCUUGGAAAUGUCCGAAGGAAUAUUGCAUGUUUUACAAUAGCUCCGUGCCGUUUGUGGACAGAGUUGAUGCUGUUUUGAACUACUUCGAUUUGCCUAGCAACGAAAUUCCCUCGUUUAUGACGUUGUAUUUCGAGGAUCCAGAUCAUCAGGGUCACAAGGUGGGCCCCGACGACCCGCGGAUCAACGAAGCUAUUGCCCGAGUGGAUAAGAUGCUCGGAAGGUUGAUCAACGGUCUCGAAAAAAGAGGGGUUUUCGAGGACGUGAGUAUUGUCUUGGUUGGUGAUCAUGGUAUGGUCGGCACGUGCGAUAAAAAGAUUAUAUUUUUAGACGAUUUAGCGAAUUGGAUUCAAAUACCGAAAGAAUGGAUUCAAUCGUACACUCCGUUGCUUGCUAUUAGUCCACCGUCUGGUUUUUUGCCUAAGGAAGUCGUGACGAAGAUGAACGAGGUGCUGAAAUCGGGGAACGUGAACAACGGGGAGUAUUUGAGGGUUUAUCUAAAAGAGGAUUUGCUUCGUAGAUUGCAUUAUUCGGAUAGUGAUAGAAUUCCGUCUAUUAUAGGAUUGGUCGAAGAAGGGUUUAAGGUGGAGCAGACAAGAUCCGUAAGGCAAGAAUGUGGAGGAGCACACGGUUACGACAAUGGUGUUUUUUCGAUGAGGAGUAUUUUUGUUGCUCAUGGACCUCGGUUCGGUAGGGGCAGAAAAGUCCCGUCUUUCGAGAACGUCGAGAUUUAUAAUUUGGUUACGGAGAUACUUAACAUUAACGGAGCUCAGAAUAACGGAACGGAGUCGUUUCGACGAAGUGUUCUUUUGCCUGAAAAUUGAAAGUUGGUUGUUGUGUUCAAUGAAGUGGCUAAUUUUGUGUUUUGAUACCUAUUCAGAGCAGAUUUUAGUGUCUGAAUUUUUUUUAUUUUUUUUUAAAUUUGAUUUUUUUUCCUCUGGGAAAUGUUAAAACGGGGAUGUGAUAAAUAUCGUUCGAGCUGUAAUAAUAUUGUUUCGAUUUCAACGUGAUUUUUUGAUUCAUUUU